AUAGACAAGCGUGCCACCUGCUCGCUGUUCGCGCCCCGCCUCGCCCCCUUCAGGCUGCCUCACGCAUCGUUACUACCCGCUAUCACCGCUCGGGAACAAGAGUAUUCCGGGGUGAUAUGCGAUAUUUUUUUGGAGCCGCCUGAAAGAAUCAGAGUCAACUUUUCGACACUUUUGGAUUUUUCUAUCACUUGACUUUAGAAGCAACCGUUCCACCGAUCUCUCGUUCGCAAAUGACUAACAUGUUCGAAAGGAAAUUAAAGGCGCUUGGCUACUUAGACUGGAAAAAGACCAACGGCAAUGAUACUGAUCACUUCAGAAGAGUGAUUAUAUGGUUAGAGGAUCAGAAGAUACGUCAUUAUACUCCAGAUGAUCGUAAGAAAUUGAGGGAUAUCACAUCUCCAGAAUGGCCGAACACUUUUGAAAAAUAUUGCAAUGAUGUUGAGUGUCCACUAACAAACAAUGAGAUUGAUCGGUUAGAAUGGCUUAUAGGAUAUGCUAUUCAACUGGAAUUUGGAGAUGAUUGUUCUAAAUAUCAACAAGUUGUAGGAAAGAAAGCAAAGAAUAAGAAGGAGAUAAAACCUAUUAUCAAGUCUACAAACCCUUUAGAUAAUUUAGAUUUUAAUAGUGACGCUUUUAAGACUGGAGUUAACUCAAUAGCCAAAUUAUUGAAUAUACCAAAGCAUUCUAAUCAUCUUGUGACGUUAGAAGCAUGCAGCAAACUUGUGUGUAAAAAGCUAAAUGCAGAUGCGAUUAAACAAUCUAAUAAUACUGUGAACACCAAGGGUAAAACCCAAACGAAGAUGAUUAUAGGGCCCAGUUUUAAUAUGGGCGAUGCAAUGUUGGACAAUGCUGCUAAAGGCCUCUCCUUGUUGUAUAUCCAAGAUCUCAGGGAUCUUCAGACAAGUAUCAAUGAAACAAUAGUCGCUGUGCAAAAUAUAACGGCUAAUCCGAAAACGGAUACAAAAUUAGGAAAAGUCGGUAAAUGAAUAGUCACUUAUGUAUUUUGUAUUCUAGAAAAACAAUUAUUUAAUUGACUAACUUGAACGACUAUAUUAUAUUAGCAAGCUAUUUUGCGUCACAUAUAAAUCUCAAAAUAAAAACGUUUGUAUCAAUGUUGUUGCACAUUGUAAAACGAGACAUCUUUAAUUAUAUGUAAAUAUAUUAAUUUAUUUUUUGUGCCAAAUUUGUGAAUAUAUCUCGGUUUUGCAAAAAA